AGUUCGUCGUGAGUCGUGCCCGAAUGCCUGAGUGCGUGUGUAUGUGUAACCGUGCGGGGGUCUGCCGCUUUUCCGUUUUAAGUUGAUUUUUUAAGCAUUUAAAUGGAGUUGCACAACAAAACAACACUGCCAGCGAUAUUAUUUGGGCUACUGUUAUUGUGCGGCUCAUCCAACGCCUGGCACUCCGAGGAGCUGGAGAUUUUCGACCUGGUCGAAGAGGUCAACAAGAACUUCUAUGAAUUUAUGGGCAUCAAUCAGACUGCCACGAACAAUGAAAUCAAGCGCGCUUUUCGCACACUCUCCAUUGUGCUGCAUCCCGACAAGAAUCCUGCUGAAGAUGCCAACAUCCAGUUUCGCAACCUCGUCUCCAUCUACGAGGUACUCAAGGAUGCUUCUAAGCGUGAAAAAUACGACAAGGUAUUGCGCGAUGGCAUGCCCAACUGGAAGUCCGCCCUCUACUACUAUCGCCGAAUGCGUAAGAUUGGCCUGUAUGAGGGCGCCUUCAUAAUUUUCCUUAUCAUAACCGUGGGCCAGUAUCUGUUCGCAUGGGCAGCCUAUCUGGAGACAAAGUACACUGCUGAGCUAGUAUUUGGCUCCAAACUAAAGAAGCUGCAGAAACGCAACAAAAACAUUGAUAUGGACGUCAUUCUGAACGAGAUCCCGAUGCCUUCGCUCCUCAAUACGCUGCCAAUUCAAAUACCAGUCGCCAUUUGGCAUUUGCCUAGAACAAUUAAGAAUGGAUUUAGCAAAGCCAAUAAGCUCAAGGAGCUGGCGUUGGAGAAGCGCCGAUUAGAAAUCGAAGAGGCACGUCGUCUGGAGGAACAGGAGCGUGAAGCCGAAGAGCAGGUGCGUCUACGUAAAGAGCAGAAGGAGAAUUUACGUAAGCGGAAGCAGAACGCAAAGGCACCUGAGAAGACCGAGGAGGAGUUACGUGGCUAUUCACAAAUCCAGGCACGAGAGCUAACAGAAGAAGAUGCAAUACGCCCAGCUACCCAAAAGAGCACGGUCAGCGGCGGCUUUUGGACCGAUGAGGAUCUUACUGAACUAAUUAGGUUAGUUAAAAAAUAUCCAGGCGGUGCUGGCAGUCGCUGGAACACCAUAGCCGAGUCUAUGAACCGCAGCGUACAAGAGGUGACAUUCAUGGCGGCCAAGAUGAAGGAGAACGGCUACCGUAUACCUGGCCAAACGGAUAGCGUUGCCGAACACAUAGUCCAGGAGUCACAGGAGGCAGUCCGCAAGGAGAAAGUUAAGAAGGUGGCGCCAACCGUAAAUGAGAAGAGCAUGCUUGUACCGGAGACUAACUGGACUCAGGAUCAGCAGCGUGCUCUCGAAGCGGCCAUUGUUAAAUACCGAAAAACUGCCGGCGGCGAUCGUUGGGUAAAGAUUGCUAACAGUGUACCAGAAAAGACCAAGGAGGAGUGCUUAGUGCGCUAUAAAUACUUGUGCGAACUGGUCAAAACACAGAAGAAGGCCGAGGUUGAAGGGGCGGAAGGAGAGUCGAACAUUGACGGCGAGGAGAAGGAAGGCGUAGAGCGAACAGCAGCGGAGACUCCUGAUGUCGCUCCUGCUCCUGCGGCUGCACCGCCAGCCAAAAAGCUGAGCAAACGUGAGCAACGGCGACGCAAACGCGAUAUGUCCAGCGACGAGGACUCUGAUGAUGCAUAUCAAUAUGAAAUCAGUUAGUUCGGCUGCUCAUUGCAUUACCUUAGCCUCAGCCCAUGCCCCAGAGACACUUCGUCCUCAAUCAAUCUAAUUCAUAUCGCAGCCAAAAACCAAAUUGGCCUAACUUUUGUCAGAGCGAGAAGGGUCAUAGAUCAGCUGGAUAUGAAUGAAUAUAUGUAUUUCUAUAUACUAUCAUGCCAAGGCAUUAUCCAGCUUCUACCCUAUUUGAACUAAGUUAAAUUGUUAUGUUUAAUGGUUUUUAAUUUUAUUUCUCUUUGUAUCAGAACUCUAACAAUUAAGCACUAGUUUUCUCUCACUCGAAACGAUUGCCAAAAAUCAUUUCAUUUUCCUUUUCUUUUUCUAUUUUUUAUAUUUGGCGUGUCUGUGUGUAGGGCUUUAAUGAUUAAUUAAUUUACAUUUUUGUGGCUCAAAAUUGGAUUUUCGGCAUUUCGUUGCAUGAAAUUUAAUUUAGACUCAACACGUGGUCCGUGAACCGCUUGUUUUCUGUUUUGUACAUAAAUGUAUUUUAUAAUUAUAAUAUACCUAAAUAUUUCUUUGCUAAGUAAAGAGUUGAAACAAAAAAAGACAAAUGAGGCGACAAGUUAUGAAAGUCAAACCCGAGUCAUUUCAACUACAGUCAUGUGCCAAUUAUGCCGAAAAA